UAGAGGAGUGUUGUCAGAAAUAAUAUUGAUAUUGAUCUGACCGUACUUUACCCACUUCAGAUUGCAGAUUCUGGAGAAAGGAUCCAAAAGAAAUGUUCAAAAGAGAAAUAAAAUAUUUCCAAAACAGAGAAAGCGAGGGAAUCCCUUUACCUUUCAUUAUCACACGCAGACAGUAGUGAUUGUGUUUCCCUUCCAUCUCUUCCCGUGACGCUUCUUAACCUCUGUUUUAUAGACACAUACAAAUUAUGGCAUUCCUUUUCCACACACGCUCCCCCCUAACUUAACCAGUAAUUGAAAUCAUAAGCCCCAGUCCCAUCCAUCAAUUUCGUAUUGUCUUUCUCCUUCUCUCUGCCAUUUUCGUAUGUUAAUGACCCAUUUACUAGAUUUAAGCUUACUGAUUUCUGUCUGGUUUUGUUGCAGACGAGGUGUUCGAGAAAAUGCCAAGUACGGAAUCGUUUCUGAGGCAGAUAAGUAAAAGGGAGGGGUCUCGGUCGGCUUCGAGGAGGUGGGGUGGGGAGUUUAGGAGAAGCGUAGGUGAAGAGAGUGUCAGUGAGGGGUGGCGUUGGAAUCAGAAGAUGGAGGGUGGUGUUAACAAUAUGUAUGGGAUCGACAAUGGUGGGAUGUCGAGAAAGAAGAGGGUGAUGGUGGUGGUGGAUCAGACUUCGCAAUCCAAUCAUGCAACUAUGUGGGCGCUCACUCAUGUCGCUAACAAGGGCGAUGUUCUCACUCUUCUUCACGUUAUCACCGAUUCUACUUCGUCUUUUGCAGAUUCUUCUUCUUCUUCUUCUUCUUCUUCCUCUUUUUGUGCUACCUCUCUUGGUUCUCUCUGCAAGGCUUCUAGACCUGAGGUAGAGGUGGAGGUGCUGGUGUUAGAAGGACCGAAGCUGGCCACAGUGAUGAACCAGGUAAAGAAGCUGGAGGUGUCGGUGCUGGUUCUGGGACAGAGAAGGCCAUCAUCCUUUUUCAGCUGCUUUUGUGGGAGUGGUGGGGCGGGCGAUUUGGUGGAACAGUGCAUAAACAACGCCGAGUGCUUGACUAUAGGAGUUAGGAAGCAAAGCAGAGACAUGGGUGGGUAUGUAAUCAACACCAGAUGGCAGAAGAAUUUCUGGCUCCUCGCUUAGUUGCUGCUUAAGUUAGAGAGAGCUCAAGCCUGACCCCCUUGGAAGUAAGUUGUAUUAAUCUAAUUAAUAAUAACCCUUCAGACUAGACUACUGUAAUCUGUAUAAUCCACUAACAAACUUACCAUUCUCCUAAGCGUUAACCGAAUGGAAUUGCAACUUUCUCUCUUAGUAAUCUAUGAGUUUCAAGAAUAAGUCUGUCAUGUGCUUCUGGAUCCUAAACUUUCUCUCUUAGUAACCAUUUUCCCCUUGUGUGUUCCUUUUUUGACUGGAUCCUUAUUCGAUGCUUCUGGACGAUCAUGUUUUGUUUCUUCAGUUAAGAAGCAUUGGGUUUUGGGCAGAGUGAAAUGGACUAGAAAAUGAGAAUAAUCUAUGUUUC